AUGGUUCAAGAAGAUAAAAUCACUGUUUACUGGUUAGCUCACUCUAGAGCUCAAAGAGUUGUAUGGUUGUUGGAAGAAUUAGGAUUGGAAUACAACUUGCACAUGGAAGACCGUGUUCAAAUGGUUAGAGCUCCAGAAAGCUAUAAAAAGUAUCAUCCAUUGGGUAAAACACCAGUUGUUCACAUUGAAAAGCCAGAUGGCACUGUCAAAAAAUUGGCUGAAUCAGGAUUCAUUGUUCAAUACUUGAUCGACCAUUACGACACCACUGGAAAAUUCAAGCCAGCUACUGAAGAUGACAAGGACUUGAUUGACUAUUUUAACCACUAUGCCGAAGGUACUAUCCAAGCUUUAUUAGUUGGUUUGUUGGUCAAUGAUGUUGCUGGAAAAUCCGUUCCUUUCCCAAUCAGUACCUUGGUGAAGACAGUUGUUGGCAAGAUCAACCAAGGUUACUACGCUCCAGAAACUGAAAAGAAUGUUAAAUACUUGAAUGACUUCUUAAAGGCGCAACAUGCUAAAGGUAGAAAAUGGUUUGUUGGUGACAAGAUCUCUGCUGCUGAU